GACCAGACGCGUUUCCUUUGCCUGCAUAUACCGAACCGCUCUCCUCAUGCUGAAUUGCCGCGCUUGUCUCUGGCGAUGCCUUCAAGCCCUCGAUGUCCCGUCUACCAACGCCCACCGCCUUCGCCGAAAUGUAAAUCCACUCCUGGAACAGGGCCAGCGGCGGCUGCUAUCCACAGUCGUCCGCACGGUAGACACGAAGCCUGUAUACCGCAACAAAGUCGAGCAACUUUCAAAGCAUAGGGAAGAGCCAUGGCAGAAGUCUGCCGUCGCUGCAAAUCAGAAGAAGAGGGAGAGAGCAGUCCUGCGCCAACGACCUGCGCCUGGAGUAGCGGAGACGCCCAACUUGUCCAGACUCAGCAAGCGCGACCCUUCCCUAUCGGUGAGCGAAUGGGAAAGAAGGAAAAAAGAGUUGCGAUAUUUGCAGGACCCGGUAGAGCUGGCUGGCUUUGUGAGAAAGGAGCUGGGCAAAGACAAAGUGACGGAGAUGGUGCAGCUGGUGCGCAUGGCGAGUCAAUCUAUGCAAUGCGUUGUCAGCUGGAACCAUAUCAUCGAUCAUUAUCUAGCCAAAGAGAGGGUCAAUGAUGCGCUCAAGGUGUAUAACGAAAUGAAGAAGCGCGCACAGUUUCCGGAUUCAUACACGUACACGAUCCUGCUUCGAGGACUGUCUAUAAACGCACAUACCUCGGGUGUCCUCAGCAAAGCGCUUUCAGUAUACCACUCGCUCUACGCACCAAACUCACGAGUCGAGCCGUCCAUCAUCCAUACAAAUGCCGCCCUGCGAGUUUGCGCCCGGGCGCUGGAUAUGGACGCAUUAUGGGGCGUGGCGGGAAAGAUACCAGAAACUGGGCGUGGGGCGGCGAACGAGGUCACAUACAUCACCAUAAUCAACGCCAUGAGACAAAGCCUGCUGAUCAACGCUCCAAAAGGAGAGACGGAAGAAGAGGCUGCAGCACGUAAGGAACGAGGUAUCAUGGAAGGGCGAAGGAUGUGGGAAGGCAUCGUUAACAGGUGGAGAAACGCCGACAUGAUCAUUGAUGAAGAGCUGGUUUGCGCAAUGGGUAGACUGCUUCUGAUUGGCAGCCGACCUCGCGACUGGGAUGAUGUGCUCUCUCUGGUUGAGCAAACCAUGGACAUCCCGCGACUCCUCCCUCGAUUAGGUAGCCCAGGAAGGCAAGAAGCACCGCUUCCACAUCUGCGAGCUUCGUACGUCUCCAAACAACAGCGCUUCGACGAUGAUCACCUGGCACCUGGGAAACCACCAAAGCGUGGAGACGAAUUCCUUGCUCUGACCCCUCAAGGUGUAGGAAGUGCAGUGUCAAAUCCACUUUCAUACGCCCAACCAGGCAAUAACACGCUUUCCGUGGUACAGGAAGCAUGCCAGAAGAUUGCCGCAAGCAAAGCUGCUCGAGAGUACUGGGACCUGCUGACCGACCCUACUACCUACAAUAUCACCCCUGAUCUCAACAACCUCCACAUGCGUCUCCGCAACCUACGCCAGAACCGUGCUUCCGCUGCUGCCGUCAAGCUUCUGCAAGAAGACUUGGUGGGCAAAGGCUUCGAGCCUCGACCUGGUACCUUCAGAAUCGCAAUGAGCACCUGCGUUCGCGACAAGAACAACCACAACUCGCUCAAGCACGCAAGCCAAAUACUGAACUUGAUGUCAAAAACGCUCGAAGAUGUAGAUGCGAAGGCUGUCAGUAUGUUUGCCGAGCUUGCCGGCGCAUUCCCGCUAGCGAAGGCUUCGGAUCUCAUCGAUGCAUUGACCGUUCUCAGGCCCAUUGCCCAGAACAUCCGCCUUCAGCUCGGCGUCGGUGGGCAGCAGAAGUACGGCAACGGUGUCGGUGCCGUAUAUCUCAAGGGCGAGGCGCGAGAAGAUGCUAUCAUCGCGCUACGCAAAAUCCACGGCGUGUACGACAGAUUGCUCUUCUCCAACUUGGUAGCGGAAGAGCAGAAGCCACCUUUCAAGAAGGAGAGAGCGAUACUUUCGUCGUUCAUCCAGCGGAUCAUGUACAAAAGUGGCCGGAAGUGGGAGGGAGCAAAGGACGCGCAAGACAAAGGAAUGGCAUCCGAAGAGGUGGACUUACAUGGGUAUCUAAAUGAUGAGGCAGAAGGAGAUGUGGUGAAGGCUGCAAGAGGAAAGAGCGGCAACGGACCUUGGAGAAAAUACUGGGAAACCCCGGGGGACGUGAGAGCAUAACGCCUCGGGCCUAGAUGCCUGUGGUUCUACCCAAGAUGUAGAUACGUAUACGAGCAUAGAUAGGCGUUUUGAGGCAUAUAACGCAACUAGAAGCAUGAGGAUAUGGGGGUUCCUGUAUAUUAUAGAUGUAUCAUAUUAGGCGGCUACACUUCCGCUGAAAGCAACAAGUGUUUCCAAAGAUCUUCUAAGAUGCACUCUUCGUUGCAGGUUAACUUGAGUUUCAAUCUCAC